AUGGAGGGUGAUCGUAUGCUUCUUCCGGGCCAAAGGUUUUGCCCCAUGGAAGAUGAACUACUCAUGUUCUACCUUAAGCCUAAGGUGAACGGGAUGAAAGUGCCUGGCAACGAAGACGUUAUCUGCGAGUUGGAUCUUUACGGUGACCAAGAUCCUUGGAAGAUAUGGGAAAGAUUCAAAGCAAGAAAGGCCAACGACUUGAGGAGGAACAAAGAUCUCUACUUCUUCACCCAAAAGAAGAAAAAGACUGCAAAAAGCUCACGUAUAAGCCGAACAGUUGGGAGUGGCGGUACUUGGAAAGGCCAAAAUGCAGCCAAGGAGAUCUAUCUUCUUGAUGAUAAUCAGCAGCCAACGACUACUAUUCUUGGUUUCAAGAAAACUUACACCUAUAAGAACAAGGGGAAAAACGAUGUACUGCCGGAAAGAAAGAGAAAAAGGCAAGAAGAAGAGAAGAUGCUUGGAGACUAUGUCGAGGACAAUGACAGAUAUAACACAGAUCCUGAAUCGGUUACUGAGGAGCCGUAA